CAAAGCUUUAGGGGCAGGUGUAGCUGACUCGCUGCAUUCUCUGUCUGCUUAUCACUCCACAACCAUCAGGACCAGGAGAAUGGAGGCUCCCCUGCUUGUCAUCCUGUGCAGCAUAUUGUUGGUGGGUGCUGAAGACUGUCCAACAGGACAAUACACCAAGAGCGGAGAAUGCUGUAUAGCCUGCGGAUCUGGAGAGGGUGUCGUACACGAAUGUGGGGUGAACCAGACUGUCUGUGAACCCUGCCUUGACAGUGUAACCUAUUCCGACACGACCAGUGAAACAGAAGCUUGUAAGCCUUGCACAGAAUGUGAUGGCAAUACACGCAUGAUAGCUCCCUGCGUGGAGACGGAUGACGCAGUGUGUGCUUGUGCUUAUGGGUUCUACAAAAGCGAGGAUAGCGGAAUAUGUCUACAUUGCAAGACGUGUCCGAUCGGAUAUGGUAUGAUCCUACCAUGUUAUAUGAACCAAAAUACUAUGUGCGAAAAAUGUCCUGAAUGGACCUUUUCCAAUGUGGACAACAACAUGGACCCGUGUCUGCCAUGUACAAUCUGUGAAGAUGAUGAGGUCGAGGAGAAAGUUUGCACUGCAACAUCGGACACAGUAUGCUACGAUCCCAAUCCACGUAUGGCAUCGGUGACACCUUUUACUCUCAGCACGGAUACCACCAUUCAGGACAGCACUGUUAUAGACAUGGAGACAGUCAAUCCAUCUACUGACGGUACUGAGCCUAUCACUCCUAGUGGAGCAGCUGAGAACCUCAUCCCAGUCUACUGCUCCAUUUUGGCAGCGGUUAUUGCAGGACUGGUAGCAUUUAUAGUCUUUAAACGAUGGAACAGCUGUAAACAGAACAAACAAGGGGGUAACAGUCAUCCGGUAAACCAGACCCCAUCCCCAGAAGGAGAGAAGCUUCAUAGUGACAGUGGCAUCUCUGUGAACAGUGAUAGUACAGCUGAACAGCCUACAGGACACACACAAGGUAAGAAUGAUCUUCGCCUAUACAAUAACCUAUCACCACAUAAGCAAGAAGAAGUGGAGAAGCUUCUGACUGGGUCAUUGGAUCAAACUUGGAAAAGUCUGGCUGGAGAACUUGGCUACCAAGAUGAGAUUAUAGACACUUUUACAAGAGAAGAGUUUCCAGUACGAGCUCUGCUUUCUGAUUGGUCCAACAAGGACUGUGCUACCACUGACGCUCUAUAUACAGCUCUACGCAAAAUUCAAAGGGAGGACAUCGCCCAGAGCUUGCAUAGCGAAUCUACUGCUACCUCACCAGUGUAAUCAAGACGUAAUGGGACAGAAGGAAGAUGUUCCAUGUUGAAAUAUUUCAGUGGAACAUUCCGCACGAGAUGUGAAGGAAAGUUUGCCCCUCAACCCUGAAACCCUUCAGCUACCCUUUUCACCCAGUAUUAACGGAGAAUCCGUCUGCACUGAAGCAUUAUUUUCAGUAUUGUGGUGUGUAAUCUUCUCCAUGGACCUUUCAUGUCCUGUAUCUCCAGGUUUCUCACUGUGAUGGACUAUAAGACUUUGAGAUGAUAAGGAAACGGGAACUAUGAAUCUUAAGACAUUGUUUUGAGAAUUCAAAGGUGCACCCACCUUCUUGUAUAGUCAGUCUUUUUUUUAAUCUAGAUUUAAUUUUUUUUUUUUAUCUAGACAUUAUAUUGUUUUAUACGCCUCGAAGGGUGACCCCCCUUACCCAAAUGGCUGCUAACCUAUAAAGAGAUUGUUCACUUCAUGCUGUCAUGGUACUGAGACACAAAAACCUGAUGAAGUUGUAUCUCACUCAGAUGGACCAUAUUUAACCCAAAGAUCAAGACUAAAUAUUUAAAAAACCCACUUCCAGAAACACACUUCCACCUUGAUCAGUAUAGAGACAGACAUUUUAUGUAAGUCAACAUUAAGCCCUUAAAGUUUCUAGGUCAAAUGAGAUGUUUAGCGCAUUGUAUGUCAAGCCUUAGUGAUGUCAUCAGCUCCUUCCACUAGUCUCCACUAUUGGAAGGGGAUGGAUCUGCUGUAAACAUUUUAUAUAGAUACAUCAAGACGUCAGAUAUCCAUAAAAAUAACCCAUUGGAUAUCCAAUGUGCUACCAUUAGAUGAAUCAACCAUAGUUGUGGAAAAACAGGAAAAUACCAAAGUUUUACCUGAAUAUAGGAGUGUGUAUUGGACCACCAGUAUUCCAUAACUUGGACCAAUGAUCUAGGGAUCAAGCAUGUAUACUUAUUAACCCAUAAGGAUUUAGAGUUGCAAACAUUUAGAUCAUCAAUGAGUACAGCCAGCAGAGCUAGUAUUACUGCCAAGCAUGUAGCCGAAUACAAUGAAUUACUAUUUCAGGCUCUGAGACAAUCAUUCAUGGUGGUACCAAUGACAUACAACUUAUCCCAUAUAGUAUAAGCAAUAUUAGCACAUUCUGAAUGCAAAUAUUAUAAAAAGUAUCAGUUUUUUUAGCCUGUGUCUAAGUUCCCAAUAAUAACCACAUAUCCACAUCCAAAAAUAUUCAGUCCAAUUAUAUGUGCCUCCAAAACAGAGUACCUGAUGAAUUAAUAGGUUGCAGAUUCAUGAACAUUUGUUUAACACACAAUCAUGGCAGCCUCUUUGAAAUAUGCUUUGGAACCACUAAACAGAAGCUAAUAUGACACCGUGUUGCUUUAUUUGGUCACAUACAUUACUAAGAUCCAUUAGCUGUCACAUGAUGAUCCAAAUAAAGCUGCCAAGUACAGCCUUGUGAUAGCAAUCCUAUGGACAACCAUAUGAAAUACCUCCAGCCUGUGACACACUCAGGGAUAAAAUGGACACAUAUAACAUUAUCCAAACACAGAACAGACCAGACACUAGUGAGAACAAUCAGGUUAUCCAUUCUAUUGCUAGAUCCACACCAUUAUGUAAACAGUAGCCAACAUUAUGUACAUUUAAUACAUUCAGGUGUCCAGGAUAAAGUUUUUGUUACCCAUUCUAAUCAUUUGUUGACAUAAAUGAGCAGUUUAGGAUUAGAAAAACAUGACUACUUUCUUCCAAGAACAGAACCACACCUGUCUUCAAUGAAGCUGAUCUAUUAAAACCAGAUGCAGUCCAUGGACAGGUGUGAUAAUGCUUCUGGAAGAAAGCAGCAAUUUUUUCCUAAUCCUGGACAACUCUUUUAAAUCUUUAAAAGGCCUUCAAACCACUGUUGGCUAGAAUGUGGUUGGAUAUUGGAAAUCACCUUUUCUUAUGCAUCAAUUCUCUAUGUGUCUCUACACAUGAAGAUUUAUCUGGUGUCUCAUAUUACAAACAUAUAGUUUGACCUUUCUGCUUGAAUCCAUGAAGUCAAAAUGACCUAUAGACCACCAGUCUUUAUAUAACCCAUCCUGUAUUGACCAUAGGACCCUUAAAUCCUCAGAACUCUAGCAGUAUGUCAGCUACGGAUUCUUUCUCCAACGUAUGGUAAGAUUCAUCUGUCUCCGAAUUGACCACCUUAAUGAAUUCAGUAGCCAGUUCUUUAAGGGUAACAGUUAAGUUCUCAUUAGAAACCCUGACCAUUUA